CGGCGAGCCUUUAAUAAUUCAGGGCAGGAAAGGCGGGCGUAUAUACGGCCGGCAAGGUAACGCACGGCGUGUACCUACGGGAGGACGAGUAUGGAAACCCGCCGUGAAUUAUUCAUCAGGUGUAAUCAAAUAGAGGAUUUUCCUAGACAAAGCACGCUUCGCUCCUUUCAUAUUCAUUGCGGCGCAAUCUGCGCCCGUGUACAUCUGAAGCCCGCUUCGUCCGGGGCCGUGCCAGAUAACCUUUUAAUGCGUUCGCUAAUGUUUCUUAUUUACCUUUCGAGCUGUCAGGGAGAAAGAAGGGCUUGGUGGCAAACCCCGCGGAGCUUUUUCUUUGCGAGCUUCCCAAAAUAUUGGCAGGAGUGAGCUCUUUCGCCCUGCUGCCCGGGGAAGGCGUUUCGCCCAGCCCCGCAGGAGAGCGCACUUGUGGCACCGCGAGCGGAUCCGUGCCUCCGCGCCUGGGUCGUGCGGCGGCAGGGGAGGUUAUUUUUAACCGGGGGAAGGUUAUGAAACCUUAGACCCGGCCUUGGAGGGGGGGGGUGGAAAUCAGCUGGGCUGAACCCGACGGCACCGCUGCUGGCCCCGAAACUGGGAGGCGACCUCUCAGGGAAGCUGCCCCAGCGGCGGCUGGGAACCCACGGAGUUAUAUGAAAGAUACGGCGUCACCAUGAGCGGGGUGUUGAAAAGGAAGUACGAAGAGCUGGGGGAUGACAGCACCUACUGCUCCUCCUCCUCCUGCUCGCCCCUGUCCACUUCGGCAUCCUCGGGCUGGGACUCGGAUGAGGAGAACUCCCGUGGAGAGAGCAAGCCCGGCUCUGCCUUAACGCCCAGCUUCACCCCCACGUCCAUCCUGAAGAAAUCCAAGCGGCUAAAGAAGAACAAUGUGGAGUUUGACCAGGUCACUGUGUUCUACUUCCCGCGCUGCCAGGGCUUCACGAGCGUGCCGAGCCGUGGGGGCUGCACGCUGGGGAUGGUGAACAAGCACAGCUCCUCCCGGCAGUUCACGCUAGCAGAGUUCUCAAAGGAGCAGGAAAACGUCCGUCGGGAGAAACUGAAAGAGAAAUUGAAAGAGGAGAAGUUGGAAGCCUUGAAAUGGAAGCUAACCAUGAACGGCACAAAGGAGUCAGAGGAGGCCAACCAGCUCACUGUCGAGGACAUCUCCGAUGAUGACAUCGAUGUCAGCAACAUGGACCUGGAGGACGGCUUCUUCCUCCAGCCCUACCCCGCUAAAAAGAGGCGGGCACUGCUCAAAGCCAUGGGGGUGAAGAAGAUCGACAAGGAGGAGAAGCGGGAGCUGCACAGCAUCCGCCUGUCCCGGGAGGACUGCGGCUGCGACUGCCAGGAGGUCUGCGAUCCCGAGACCUGCAGCUGCAGCUUGGCAGGCAUUAAAUGCCAGAUGGACCACACCUCCUUCCCCUGCGGCUGCACCAAGGACGGCUGCGGCAACACCGAGGGCAGGAUCGAGUUCAACCAAUCCCGGGUGCAGACCCACUUCAUCCACACCAUCAUGAAGCUGGAGCUGGAGAAGCAGCAGCAGAGCAGCGAGGGGGUGGUGGAGGCCGAGCCUCUCUUCCGGGAGAGGCUGCCGCAGCUGGGCUGUGUAGCGGGGAAGGGGCCCCUGGAGGAGCGUGCGGCACCGCUGGCCCCCGCCUUCCAGUUCAGCCCUGAGCUGGAGGCCCUGGGGGAGAACAGCUGCAGCAGCGACAUGACGGACUCCUCCCUCUCCUCCCACCCCAGUGAGGACCUGGAGGAGCCCUAUGAGAGCCUCCCCUCCGACAAGUCGCAGUCGGACAUUGACGAUGACGGCUUGGCGCGCAUCCUCCACUUCAACGACUCGGACGCCGAGGAGGAGGGCAGCCGCUGCCAGGACAACCUGAGCUGUUUCCACCCCGCCGACUUCUUCAUCGAGGACCACAGCGGUGAGGCCAAGCCCAGCCCUGUGGCCUCGUCCCACCUCUCCGAGUGCCUGGACGAGAACGCCAACCAGGACGGUGGCGGGAUGCUGGAGGAGGCCGCCCAUGCGCGCUGCGACGGGUUGUCGUGCUGUGCCCCUGCCCCGGCCGAGCCCUGCUCCAAGAGCUACGCCGACCUCAGCCUUUCCUCUGACUCCUUGGAUUUCUUCCAGUCCUUCUCGGACUAUAACUUGGGACCCCUUUACAACUCCUUGAAGGAGUACGAGAACCUUGAUAACUACUCAGCGUUACAGUUUCAGUUGCCUAAUUUCCCCGGCUUCCCGCAAGCCGCAGAUCAAGGCUCCUGUUUGUUGGAGUCUCUCUUCGGUUUGUCCGAAUCCGUCCCCGAAACCCCGGCCCCUUUCACAGACAAUCAGCAUUUGGAGGAUGCCAUCAAGUCAUCGCUGAUGGAGACGGUGAAGGUGUGAGAUGCCUGGGUACCCAGGGACGGGAAGGACCGGCAGCAUCGGGGUGCCGAAACCAAAGCCGAAGAACGGUGGGACAGGCAAACUUUCACCGACAGGAUGAUGUGCUAUGUGAAAAGGAAAAAAAAAAAAAAUCAGACUUACUGAGCAGACAAACUAUUUUUGGUCUUUAUAGAACGUGGACGUUUUGACAUACUGCAGCUACAAUCAGUUCUCUUGCUGUUUGUGCAAAAAUUUCUAAACUUUCGUGAUGGGGUGGGAGGGAGGGAGGGACAAAGACUUUCAAGUAUGAAUUUCCUUGUGUUUUGUAUGCAAAGACCUGUUGAGAAAUGCUCCUUGUGAACGUUGCCAGUCGUACACACAGCCCCUUCUAGAAACGUUUCAGUGUUGUGGAAACUUUUUUAGACAACUUCUGAAGCUGUAUUUAUUGUGAAAAUUUGUGAUUUGCGUAAGAGCAAGCCCAACAUGCUCUUGCGUUUAAAUCCAAAAAGGUUUACAGAAGAGAUCCGUACACUAUAUACAUAAUCAUUCUUCAUCUAUUUAUUGCAAAUUCCAGAAUUUAAAUAGCCACCGAAGCUUGAACUAGCAUGAAACCUUAUUUAAAUUGGUAAUACCUCAGAUGUAUUAUGUGUACAAUCAUAUUUUUUGCAUAAUAUAUCUGUAUUUAUUUAUUUUCUACCUGUAGUACAUGAAUAGCACUGUGGUUUAUCAGUGACCUGGAAGGGCAAUAAGGUCUCUAAGUGGCACACAUCCUGAAGAUGGCCCUGUUGUUUGAGUCUUCACGUAACAUUUCUACAAGAGCUGAAUGCAAGCGGGUGGGAGGGGAGGGAUGGGGGAAAGGUUCCUGCAGGGUCCUAGGGUAGCUAGCCAGCCUUUCACAGACACGAGAGCACAAAGGUGUCCGAUAUCCAUGAUACGGGGACCCUCAACUGCCCAAGAAACACAAGCUAGCUCAAUCUAAACAA